AUGAUAAGGAUGAAGAUGAGGAUGCUAACCACGAGCCCACGACCAGGUAAUCGUUCUUUUAUCACUCAUUUUCUGCUGAAAAGAAGUGAAUUUCAUUCUGAUGCUGAUAAUAAUGUUAGUGAUAUGGAGAUUCUGAUUCAAACACGGUGCAAAUCUGGAACACUUAAGUCAGAGGAAGCAUUGGGUUACUUCAAUUCCAUGAUUCAAACGAAACCCAUUCCCUCUAAUUGGACUUUUAAAUGUUUGUUUGGGGCACUUUACAAGAUGAAGCAAUAUUCUGCCCUAGUAUCUAUGUAUAAACAGUUGAUGGAUUGUCGUCAAUUCCAACCUGAUGUCACUACAAUGAAUAUUUUCAUGAAUUGCUUAUGCCGUCUGAACAGGGUGGACUUGGGUUUCUCUGUCUUAGCACUUACCUUUAAAUAUGGUUUUGAGCCUGAUGCUUAUGCCCUGAAUGCUUUGCUUCAAGGGCUUUGCAAGAAUAGCGCCCUGUCCGAGGCAGUGGAGUUGUUCCCGAAAAUUGAAGAGAAAGGAUACCCAAACUUUUGUUUACGUUCUCCCACAGAGACAGAUCUCUAA